UACAGUGUAACAGGGAGCAUCACAUACAUUGUUGCAAUUACUGACAUAUUAACCGUGUUGCUAUUGCAGGUAGAGAUUACAUUGUAACUAUGUUGUUGUUACAUAUUUUGGCACGCGACCUCCGUGUGCCGUCAUUCCAUUGCGACGGAAAAGGACAAACAUCAAAAGGAGGCGUUGUCCUCCACCCAAAUUUAUGCAAAAUAUCAACCUAAUUGAAUGUACUGUAAUAUCGUCGUGCAAAAGGAAUUCUUGCGUACUGUUACGCAUUGAAGUCGAGAGAAACAUAGGUGGCAAUACACCAACGUCCACGUGAUGGAGACAGAUGGCGACCAAAACCAGGGCUCUACCAAUGGAACCACUCCGUCAGGGCUGAACUCCCGCCCCUCUCAAAUGAACUCCAUGUCCCUGUACGAGAGACAGGCUGUGCAGGCCCUUCAGGCGCUGCAGAGGCAGCCCAAUGCAGCACAGUACUUCCAGCAGCUGAUGCUGCAGCAACAGAUCAACAGUGCCCAGCUACAAAACCUGGCUGCAGUACAACAGGCCACCCUUGCUGCCAGUCGCCAGUCCAGCCCUCCCGCCAACAGCAUAUCUCAGACCACAAGCACAACAGUCACAUCUAUGAAUGUAACCACUUCUGUGGGAGGGGCCAUAACCAGCACCCGCGCUAUAGGCCCAGGCUCCUCCGCGACAUCCACUAUAAGCCAAUCAGUGCUGCUGGGUGGGAACGCGGCAGGACAGGGACAGAUGUAUCUGAGAGUGAACCGAUCUCUGAGGGCUCCCCUCUCCUCCCAGCUCAUCUUUAUGCCUGGUAGCACGGCAACCACGGCCAUGGCAACAGUCACCAAGCAGCCACAGACUCAGCAGCAGCAACAACAGGAAAUUACACCUACUUCCUCCAGCAACCAAUCAGACAAUGACCAGGUGCAGAACCUGGCUCUGCGAUGUCUCUCCAGUCCCAAGGGGGUCGGGGUCAAGACUGAAACCCCAGAGAGGGGUGAAACAGCGACCUACUCCCUUAUCCAGUCAUCUCACCAGCAGUUCAACCAGUCCACUCCACAGUAUACCACUAAACCAACCCAACAGCAACAGUCCCACAUCAAGAUCCCCACCUACAUCCAGAGCUCCAACGCCAACCUGUCCUCUCUCAACCUCAAGACGGGCAACCACCACUCCAACGCCCCCUCCUCACCCUCCACCUCUGUCCCACUCUCACAGCUCCUCCUCUCCGGACCCAACUUUGGCCGGGGUGGGGCUAUCACCACGGUAACCUCUGCCGCCACGGCGACGCACAUUCUGGUGCCCACCUCCAAUGCGCCCGCCCAGUCCCACAUUUACCAGGUGGGUGCUGCCACCAUCAAGCCCAAUGUUAGUACUCAAACGCUGGUGGUUCAGCCUCUGCAGAAAAGCACUAUUAACGACAAAGGAGGCCAUGGGAACGGUCCCGUUCCAAUCCAGCCGAAAACUCAACAAGGCCUCCGUAUGCCCCUGCAACUGCCAUCCCGCAACCCGCCUCCCAUCCUCCCCGCACCCCCCGCCAACAAUCAGACUAUUGCCACCCAGCCUCCGCCGCACAUCCCAGUCCAGAUAGUAGGGGCCAGGCAGAGCUCCAUAGGAAACCCCCAGGCUUUGGCCUUGGUCCAGGCCCGGAACACCUGUUCCCAGGAUGGAGCUACCCUUCUGAGUAGCUCCAGCAGCGCCAGCCUCCUCACCAUGGUGGCCUCCAUCGCUUCCAGAGAGGGAGGGGGGAUAAGCCGAGGGGCGGAUUUAAAGAGCCUUCAAUCAGCCCAAGAAGCCCUCCCAUUGGCCCACAUCUCUCACGUGCACGCACAAGCCAAUCAGAAUCAGAGCCCUGGGCUGAAUCCAAAUCCAAAUUGCACCUUGGCCGCCAGCAUCUCCUCUCAGUCCCAGGCCUCCCGUUCCUCCCUCACUUUACCCCUGCCUUUGGUUGAGGCGAGCAGCGUGUCCGCUGUAGUGGCUGCCAAUGGAGAGUCUAUGUGUUCUCAGCCUCCCCAGGGUAAGUCGAUGAAGAGGAAAUCCGAGUCAGUCGCAGCCAAUGACGAAGAUGGUCCCCCUCCUCCCCACCUUGUUCCAAUGAGUGAACACUCCCCUGCCCUCUCCUCCUCCGCCAUGGAAGCAGGCCCUGGUCCACUUUCUCCCUCCCCCUCUCCCUCUCUUUCCCCUGCCCUCUCGGUGUCCCGUAUGGGGGGUGGCCAGGGGGAGAGAGCCCCCCCUCCACAGGCUGUGGUCAAACCCCACGUCCUCACCCACCUCAUAGCGGGCUUCGUCAUCCAGGAGGGAGCUGAACCUUUCCCUGUGAGUGGGCCAGUGAAGGAGGCAGCUGGAGAAGAUUUGGCCAUGGACAAUCCAAACGCCAGUCAGCCUGAGACUGUGAAUACAGCUACAGUGCUGAAGUGUGAGUACUGUAAAAGCUUCGCCCCAGCCAGACAGUUUAGAGGGACUAAGCGCUUCUGCUCAUUGACCUGUUCCAAGAGGUAUAAUGUAAGCUGCAGCCAGCACUACCGCCUGCGACAGGGGGGUCACCUCUCCCACUCUGACGAGGACGGGGUCCUAAGGAGGAGGGUUCCCCACAGGACCAGCUCCGAGAUUGCCAGUGCCAAAAUAGCCGGGAGACCCUUACCAGUUAAGUGCCGCUCCGAGUCCAGCCGUUCGGAGGACGUCUCCAGCUGCGGGGAGGAAGAGGACGACCCCAUGUCCCUCUCCCCGGCCUCCUCCUCUUCCUGCCACCAGCCUCCGCCCACACUCCGAUUGGAGGUCUCGAAGGCGUCCUACUUCCUGCCCGGCAGCCCCGCCCAGUGGAGUGUGGAGGAAGUGUCUCAGUUCAUAUCCUCUCUGCAAGGCUGUGAGGAGCUGGCGGCCCAUUUCCUGUCCCAGGAGAUUGACGGACAGGCCCUGCUGCUACUCAGAGAGGAGCAUCUCAUGUCCACCAUGAACAUCAAGCUCGGUCCCGCCCUCAAGAUCUGUGCCCACAUCAACAUCCUGAGAGACUGAGAGGAAGAAUGAACGGAGGAAAGGAGAGAUACUCCCAAAAGAAAAAGGAGAGAAGGAAGGGAUGGAGAGAGAGAGAGAGAGGAGGUGACAAUAUGGCUGUUGAAAUACUUUUUAACUGUGUUAAGUGGGGUCCCUGUUGAUUUUAUUAUAUUUUGUCUAAACAAACAGAAUGAAAGUGGGAAAAAUGAGUCUUCUACCCACAAAAUGUGGACCUUAAAUGUAGAGUAUUAUGUGAGUGAGUGAGGAAACCCUGUAUAUGUGUGUAAUAUUUGCCUAUAUAUUUAAAUAUAUCUUUGUUGGCUGGACUGCCUUUGUUUACGCUGUAGAGAAUCAUUGUGGAACUUGUGGCCUUUUUAAGUAGUUUCGGCGAUCUAAAAAUAGUACUAGAACGGAGUCGUCCGUAAAAAAAAAAAACCUGUUUCAUAUCGUUCCUUAUUUUUACAAGCCAUUAUGUAUGGUAAGGUCAUGUAAAGUAAUGGACCAUUGCCUUUGCCAACCAUUACUGAGGAGUAGCAAAUAUAUUGGCCUAAGGAAACUUGACAAAUAGAGGGUGACAUUUUCUGUCCGCUGAAAUGAGCAAGAAACUCAAUUGGUGCACAGGAUUUAUAUAAAAAAACGUCCUUUUUAAAAUGUCUAUGAAGUGGCAGCAAUAAUCUAUGCGGAUCUGAAGUACAGGUAUAUCCGAUCCAAAUUAUACCAUCCCAUAGGCUACUGCAGUUUUCCAAACGUAUUUCAGAUUAUAUGCCCUCCUGCCUAUAGUUUUUUAAGUAAGGUCUUUGCAGUUUUAUACAUUGAAAGAGCUAUUUACAGUAGUCGACAGAAAAUGUCACCAAGGUCGUACUCAUUGGGCAUCAAACGGAAUAAAACUGACUGAAACAGGGAAGGACUACCUGGGCUUAUCCAAUAAGAAUCAGUCAUUUUCCUGCUGCGUGCCCUAAUGUACAUGACCCUGGAUUGUAGUCUUCCUCAUAGCUUUCCUCAUAACUUGUACCUAUCCAAGGCUCUUGUUACAGUAGCAGUGACUGUGGCUAUUAUCAAUAAUCUUAUGAUUAGGUGCUCUGCUAAUUGUGUGUUUACAUUUUAAGCUUGGAGAAGGCGAGGUCAAUAUCAUGCAAAAAAAAUAAACCAACUACUAGGACACCAUGCAGGAGUGGUAGUGCUUUUGUUUUGCAACUGAAUUGAUGUGUUGUGUAAACUGAACUUUUAUUGUGUGGAAUAGCUAGUUGUGCUCUUUACAUGACAGUCUUUUGACUGGUUAAGACUUCUGAGUUUGUUAAGGCAUAUUUGUUAGGCAGGGAUCCCAGCUCAACUAAGAAAAUAAAGAAAGGAUCACUUUG